AUGGAUUUUAUCAUCAGAAGAUUCCAACAACUAUCUAGAAAGAACAAACUAGUCUAUAGUAAAAGUAAUGGCUUGAGAGGUUCUAGUUCUAAAGACAAUAUUGAUGACCAAAAGAAAUGCUUCAACUGUAAGAAGCAUGGUCACUUCAUAGACGAUUGUCCUGGUCUUCUGAGAGAAAGAUCAAAGAAAGAAGGCUUUCAGAAGGAUAAUUUCAUGAACAAACUCAAGAAAAUUCUCAUGGCAACAUGGAAUGAACUUGACAACAAGGAUGAAUUUGACAAAGAUGAGGGAGAAGCUAAUCUGGCUCUUAUGGACAUGGAGCCCUCAAAUACAGAAUAUGAAUCAACCUUAGAUUCAUAUUUAGAUGAAGAAGACGAGGUAUUCUCUAACUUAUCUCGUUCUAAUUUAAUAUCCUUCAUUCUAGAGCCCAUGAGUUUAUGUCAAAAUAAACAAAGACUCAUGAAAACAUUGAAAAAGGAAUGUGGUCUCCUAAAAGAGGAAUUGAAAAUUCCUCAAAAUAAAGUUGAAAAUUUGGAUAAAGAACACAUUACUCUAGUAAAUAAAUUAUCUAAUAAAAACUUGAAUGAGCAUGAGAUAGAUCUUCAAGACUUUAUCAUGACAGGUAUUGAAAGAACCAAACUUGCUUACAUAAUAUAUGGAGUAAGCAAGAGCAAAGGAAAAGAUAUGAGUUAUAAUGAGAAUAAGGCUAAAGCUCAACUCAUAAAAACCCCAAAUGCUUCUCCUUCAAGCAAUUCUCAAACAGAUCUAAAAACUUAUUUUGUGCCUGCUUCUGACAAGGGUAAAAGUCUAAACAAAUCAAAACCCAAAAUGGUUGAAUCAAAGGUUUUAAACAAACUAACACCUAAUAUGUCAAAAUCAAAGGUAGUAAAAGAUUCAGAACCCAACAUUCAAAAAUUAAAGGUUCUGAAAAGGCCAGAACCAAAAAAUUCCAAGUCUAAGGUUCUAAAGAGAGUAGAAUCUAAGAACUAUGGACCUAAGAUAUGCCUCAGGGGAGAAACCAAGCAUCAAUAUUGGUACCUGGACAGUGGUUGCUCACAUCAUAUGACAGGAGAAAAGCUUAUGUUCCAAACCCUGACUCUGAAAGAGGAAGGCAGUGUGGGAUUUGGAGGAGGACAAAAAGGGAAGAUUAUUGGAACGGGUACUAUUGGUAACUCUCUUAUCUCUACAAAUAAUAUUUGGAUGUCUGACAUAUCCAUUUUGUUCAAGGGAAAGAGGACGGAAAAUGUGUAUAAAAUUAAUAUAUCUGAAUUAACUGACCAAAAGGUUACUAGAGAACAUCAAGAGGCUGGAUCUUCAGAAGUUAAUAUCUCAAAAGUCAGAGGUUUAGAAGUUGGUGAACCAGAAGCAAAUCAUUUGCCUAAAGCUUUUAAAAAAGUGGAGGAUUCAGAAGAAGCCCAAGAUGGUUUAGAAAUGUCUGCACAACCCAAUCAAUCCUUCAAAUAUAAAUACUCUUAUCUAGAAGAUCUAAUAAUUGGAAAUAAUAAUGAUCCAUUGAAAACUAGAUCAGCCUUCAAAGAUGAUAACUGCAUGUAUCUGAAAGGAACAACAAAUAUGGGACUUCUCUAUAAUAAAUCCCUAGAUUAUAAGCUGAUUGGAUUCUGUGAUGCUGAUUGUACUAGGGAUAGAACUGAAAGAAAAUCCACUAGUAGAAACUGUCAAUUCAUAGGUGAAAACCUAAUAUCUUUAGCUAACAAGAGACAAGCAACUAUUGCUCUCUCUACAGGAGAAGUAGGAUACAUAUCUGUUGCUAAGUGUUGUACAUAG